AUGGCAUCGUAUCUCAUCACGGGCACUUCGCGGGGUAUCGGCCUGACGCUUGUCACCAUGCUAGCGGCCAAGCCCACCUCCGAAGUGGCCAAGGUAUACGCAGCCGCUCGCAGCGAGUCUGAGGCUCUGAAGAAGGUCAUCGCCAGCGCCGCCAGCCGGGUCGUCUUCGUCCCGCUCGAGGUCACCUCGCAAGACAGCAUCAAGGCGGCUGCGGCCAAGGUUGACGAGCUUCAGGCCGGAAAGGGCCUGGACGUGCUCAUCAACAAUGCCGGAAUUAUGGAGGCACCCGUCCAGGUUGACCAGUGUGACGACCUUCCCGAUGUUCUGAAUGUCAAUGUGGUGGGCGUACACAACGUGACGCGGGCAUUUCUGCCGCAGUUGAGGAAGGGGACCCAGAAAAAGAUCAUUAACAUCUCCUCUGGCCUCGGCUCCAUGGGCUGGGCGCACUUCACCGCCCCCCACCUAUUCCCUGCGUAUAAGGUUUCCAAGGCCGCCCUGAACAUGCUCACCGUGCAGUACGCACAACUGCUGGAAAAGGACGACUUUACCGUCGUCGCCAUCACUCCUGGGUGGCUCCGAACGGACCUUGGUUCCUCGCAGGCUGACCUGUCGGUUGAGGAAGGUGCGCAGGCCACGCUGAACAUCCUGAUGAACGCUACACCCAAGAUCUCAAGGAAGUUCUUUAACAUUCAUGCCCCUGGCUGGGAGAAUAAGACGGGCUUUAGCAAGUACGAUGGAUCUGAGAUUCCGUGGUAA